AUGAAUCAAUUCUCUAAUUACUUAUCUCAAUACUAAACAAAAAAAGUGUUUUCAAUCUACUAACAUUAAUGCAAUAGUAAAUCCCCUUAAAUAAGAAAAUAAUUUGAUUCAAAUCCAUAAAGUAGUCCAAAUGACCAAAAAUAUUUGAGACAAUUUAAAUGCUAAGAUUUAUCUCUAAAUUAGCAUUAAACUAUUAUAAACUCUCCACAAAAUAAAUAUACUCUAAUUUCAAAUAAAACUAAAGGAAAAGAAAAUAAUAAUUUAUAAAAUACUAACAUAAAUUCUUAACUUUAAAAAAAUCAUAUUGAAACAAAAAGCCCUUAAAAUUUUAAAUAAAAUCCAUAUAAUGUUAAAUAACCUACACCUGAAUUUGAAAAUAGAUAUGAAAGUGAUGAGAAAGAACCAUUAUAAAAUUCAGGAUUAAAUUUCCGUUUUGUAAAUUCUUAAUAAGAAUCUGAAAAAUAGGAAUCAAAAAAAGAAUAACUGGAUAUUAAAAUUAAUAAUGGAGAAUCUUCCAAGUAAUAUGUAAACAAUUUUUUUUAAACUGAUGAACUCUUAGUUGAUGUUGAUUCUGUUAGAAAAUCAAGAUUUUUGAAUCAAACAAAAUCAAUAGCUAUUUAAGCUUUUGAAAGUAAAGAAUUUGAAAAACCACAAGAUUAAUUAAAUAAAAUAUUUGGAUCUUUGAAAAAAAUUAAGAUCAUUAAAAAAAAAUAUUCUUAAACUCAAGGUACUCAAAGAACUAUGGAAGAAGACGAUAGUGUUAUAAAAAUAGAGACUAGUAAAUAAAUAAAAACAAUUGGUGGAUUAUCAAAUAUAGAUAUAUAAAGUAUGUAAUUAAGAACUGAAUUCACAGAUUUGGUAAUAUAAGAAAUUUUAUUAAUUUUAGGAUUCUUAGAGAAGCAAAAGCAGCUAUUAGGAUGAACGUGAUAUACAUUUUUGUAGUUUUAGAAAUAAUGUAGUGACUCCAAAAAAAAUGUAAUAAAAUAAAAUAAGUAAUUUAUACAUUUAAAUUAAGGUUUUUUAAUGUACAAGAAGAAAUUAGAAAGAAAAUAAUGA